AUGGGGCUGCUGGUCGGUGUGCGGGUAUAUUUUGGAGGUUACAGCUAUGGAGGUCUGGCGGCCGGGGCGCCGCAGCACCUUCUGACCAGAAAGCCUAGAGGACAGAAUCUCAGGGGAAAGCCGCCGCCUCCGCGCCCGCCGCCCCCGCCGGCUCCUCCGCGCCGCCCUCGCAGCCCGGGUCCCGGGGCACUCCGCUCGGCCUUGAUGAACCAGCCGCCCCUCUCCUCCUCGUCCUCGGCCUCGUCCUCCGCUGCCGCCCUGGAGGCCUCGUCCUCGUCCUCGUCCGCCUCCUCGUCCUCGUCCACCUCCUCCGCGCCCUCGUCCUCGUCCUCCUCGUCCAGCGCAUCCUCCGCCUGCAAGGGGGCCGGCGGCGGGGGCGGGGGCGGGGGCAAGAAGGCCACCUCGGGGCUGCGGCGGCCCGAGAAGCCCCCCUACUCCUACAUCGCCCUGAUCGUCAUGGCCAUCCAGAGCUCGCCCAGCAAGCGGCUGACCCUCAGCGAGAUCUACCAGUUCCUGCAGGCCCGCUUCCCCUUCUUCCGCGGCUCCUACCAAGGCUGGAAGAACUCGGUGCGCCACAACCUCUCGCUCAACGAGUGCUUCAUCAAGCUGCCCAAGGGCCUCGGCCGCCCGGGCAAGGGCCACUACUGGACCAUCGACCCGGCCAGCGAGUUCAUGUUCGAGGAGGGCUCGUUCCGCCGCCGGCCCCGCGGCUUCAGGAGGAAGUGCCAGGCGCUGAAGCCCGUCUACCACCGCAUGGUCAGCGGGCUGGGCUUCGGCGCCUCCCUGCUGCCGCAGCCCUUCGACUUCCAGCCGGCGCCCUCGGCCCCGCUCGGCUGCCCCGCCCAGGGAGGCUACGCGGGGCUCGACGUGAUGCCCGGACCCUACGACGCCGGCGGCCCCGGACACCCGCACCACCACGCUCCGCACCACCACCACCACCACCACCACCACCACCACCACGUCCCGCACGCGUCCCCCAACCCGGGCUCCACCUACGUGGCCGGCUGCCCCGGGCCCGCCGCCGCCGCCGGGGGAGGAGCCGGCGGAGGAGGAGCCGGCGGAGGAGGGGGCGAGUACGGGCCGGACAGCAGCAGCAGUCCCGUGCCCUCGUCGCCGGCCCUGGCGAGCGCCAUCGACUGCCACUCGCCCUACCCGAGCCCCGCGGCGCACUGGAGCUCGCCAGGCGCCUCCCCCUACCUCAAGCAGCCCCCCGCCCUGCCUCCCGGCGGCAACCCCCCCGCCCCCGCCGCCCUCCACUCCGGCAUGGCCUCCUACUCCCUGGACCAGAGCUACCUGCACCAGAACGGCCGCGAUGACCUCUCAGUGGGCCUGCCCCGUUACCAGCACCACUCGUCCCCUGUGUGUGACAGGAAAGAUUUCGUCCUCAACUUUAAUGCCUUUCACCCUUCGGCCAGCGGAUCUUAUUAUCACCAUCACCACCAUCAGAGUGUCUGCCAGGACAUUAAACCUUGUGUCAUGUGAAUGCAUGGAACAACGACUCAUGGAAAGGACAAUCUGGUAACUGUUUGGUCUGGCCGGUGUCAGAGUCGAGGCAAAUUCACGAGGCAAAAAAGUCGAGGCAAAAUGUAAGAUGCACUCUACCAGCAUGAAUAGGAUACAAGCCCCUAAGGAAGCGUUGUUUACUCUUGUUUUCUAGCAGUCCUCGCAGGGAAUGUUUAGAUACGGUGGAGAAGAGGAAGUCGAAGAGAAAAAGAGGGAAGAAGAGACAAUUAUUUCCCAAUUAGGGAGUUUUAAAACUACCCAGAUGAAUAAUAAAAUCUGUAGGGUUGUAUUUUUCAUUGUCUUUAAGGAUUUGGAGUCAGAGACGGGGAUAGUCCGUUAUUUUUCUAUGAAACGUGAGUGGAAAAAUAAAGCUCAACUAAGCACAAAGAAUACAAGAAGCCCUGUUUUGUUGUUUGCUGUUGUUGCUGUUGCUGUUUCCGGGUUAAUUCGGAGGGCUCUUUUGUUCUUUUCAAAUAUUAUUUUUGGACAACAGUGUUAAAAAGAAAGUAUUUAGAAAUUUCAUGUCUAGUUUAAGAAAGUCGAUGUUCAGUAUUAUGACAAUACAAAGUUUUUACAAGGUUGUUUUCUACCACCAUAUUUUUUAAAAAAUAUUUUAAAUGAACUUCGUGUAUACUCACACCCUAUUGCUUGUACUUUUAAAGUGAGGAAUAUUUGCACUUAUGUAUACUUUUACAGUCUGCCAAAAUAUUUUGAUGUACAUUUUUUCAAUAAAAUGUAUAUUACGAA